GACACAUUCAGUUGUGGAUGAGUCGUAGCUACUAAUGUACGGAGGCACGAACACUCACAGACUGACGGAAUGGGUCACGUUUGGUUUUUAUGCACAGUUCUAAUUUUAUUCGCCUUACCUGGAGGGUGGUUUGAACCUGUUAUCACUCCCAAUGCCACUCAUCUGGUGAUACCAAAAGGUGGACAACUGCAACUCAGUUGUUUUGAUAAUGCAGAGGCGAGCAAGGUGCAAUGGAUGCGAGAAAAGGGUCGUAAAAUUGAGGGAGGGCUAGAGGAAGAUGGAGCUAGUAUUAUCCUCCUCACCUCUACACAGGUACAGCAUAUGGGCCGUUACACCUGUGAAAACAUACAAACGAAGGAGAAGAGCUCCAUCUACAUCUAUGUGAAAGAUUUGGACAAUCCUUUUGUACGCUCCAUGUUGGAUGGCAUUUUGGUGAGGGAAAGAGAAGAUGGCACUCUUCCUUGUUUAGUAACAGAUCCAGCUGUCAAUCAUCUGUCCCUUCUGACCUGUGGGGGCUCUGGUCUACCAGCUGGUCUCACCUACAAUGCACACCCCCAGAAAGGGAUCACCAUCAAAAAUGUCUCAAGAGCUUUUGAGGGUUGCUACAUUUGUGCAGGAGAGCUGGAUGAAAAACCUGUGAAAUCAAGCCCGUAUAACUUGGGUGUACGGCCAGUUCCGGAGACAGUGCCAUCGAUCAGCCUAUCCAGAAUCGAAAAUGUGAUUCUGAUUCAGGGUCAGGAGUUUGUGCUCAACUGUAGCACCAUCAACAUCAACCAUGAUAUCAGCCUGAGCUGGAGUAUCCCUUCUGAAACGAUAGCAAUGCAAAGCAAAAAAUCAAACAUCCUGCCCGGUUCUCGAGAGUAUCAGCGCUCAGCAGGACUGCACAUCAAAUCUGUGAAGAUGAAUGACUCAGGAGUCUAUCGCUGUAUUGCAAGGAAUGAGAAAGGUGUCUCUAUGGCAACUGUCAAUUUGGAGGUUUACGAGCAUGGUUUCCUUAACCUUACGGAGGGAGAAGACAGGGUGGUGGAGGUGAGAGAGGGAGAAAGCCUGACCCUCAGCGUGGAGAUGACUUCAUACCCCAGUCCCACCGAAGUCUACUGGAUCUAUAACAACCAACAGCUCAAAAAUACAUCUGAACACGUCAUUACACUGCACAACCAGCAGUACAGGUACAUCAGUAAAAUAAGGUUGGUUCGAGUUCAUGGAUCAGAGGGCGGGAUCUACACUUUCUCAGCCAAUCACACAUAUGCAUCUGUCAAUCAGUCAUUCACCGUCCAUGUUAUAUGUAAACCAGUGAUAGUUUCCCAGGAGGGGCCGGUUGAUGGACAGGUGCGGUGUGUUGCUUCAGGAUAUCCUGUCCCAAAAAUAUCUUGGUACUACUGCGAGCCGCCACAUACACGGUGCUCCCACCUGUUGAAUGCGACACAGGCAGAUGAGGAGUUUGCCGUGGUCAGAGUGUCAGGGGAAGAAUUUGGUCGAAGCGAGGUGGAUAGUCGACUUAAUGUCAGCAAAGGAAAAUUUCACACACUUGAGUGUGUGGCAACAACCCAGGGAGAGCAGGCCUACACCCUCUUUUCCAUCAGUGAGAGAACAGUGCCCCAUAAGCUGUUCACACCUCUGCUGUCUGGUGUCAUGUCUACAUCUGUUCUGCUCAGCUUCUUUCUGGUGGUUCUGCUCUACAAAUUCAUGCAGAAACCCAAAUAUGAGAUCCACUGGAAGGUGAUUGAAAGUUUUGAUGGGAACAGUUAUACCUACAUAGACCCAACGCAGCUGCCUUAUGACCCCAAAUGGGAGUUUCCACGGGAGAGACUGCGUUUUGGUAAAGUCCUCGGCUCUGGAGCGUUUGGGAAAGUGGUGUCAGCUACAGCAUAUGGACUUUGCUCAGCUGAUACAGUAUCCAUCGUUGCUGUAAAAAUGCUAAAACCGAGUGCGCACUCCACUGAGAAAGAGGCUCUAAUGUCAGAGCUGAAGGUUCUGAGCUACAUUGGCAAUCAUAUAAACAUUGUCAACUUGCUUGGUGCCUGUACAGUAGGAGGCCCCACUCUGGUGAUCACAGAAUACUGUUGCUAUGGCGACCUACUGAAUUUCCUGAGAAGAACGCGGGAUGCAUUUUUCAGUUCCAAAACAAGCGAUGGUUAUUACAAAAAUCUGCUCAGCCAAACACAGCCUUCAAGAGAGGGCACUGAUAAUGGAUACAUGCCCAUGAGGUCGUAUCAGAAAAGAUCGAAUCAGACAGAAUGGUGCGAUGAUAAAGAUGAUCUCUCUUUGGAUACUGAGGAUUUACUCAGCUUCUCAUAUCAAGUUGCUAAAGGCAUGGACUUCCUCACAUCCAAAAAUUGUAUUCACAGAGAUCUGGCUGCCAGGAAUGUAUUACUGACUCAAGGUCGGGUUGCAAAGAUAUGUGAUUUCGGUUUGGCACGUGACAUCACAAGAGAUUCCAGCUACGUCCUGAGAGGAAAUGCACGUUUACCUGUGAAAUGGAUGUCCCCAGAGAGCCUGUUUGCUUGCGUGUACACUUUUGAGAGUGAUGUCUGGUCCUAUGGCAUCCUAUUGUGGGAGAUCUUCUCUCUGGGUAACACGCCAUAUCCGGGUAUUCCAGUUGGAUCCACAUUCUAUAAGAUGAUACAAGAUGGAUACAGAAUGAGCGAGCCUGAGUUUGCCCCAAGUGAAGUUUAUGAGGUCAUGCGAUGGUGUUGGAGUGCUGACCCUCUGAAGAGACCAACCUUCAAGAAACUGCUGGAAAGGACUGAACACCUUCUGUCGGAGACCACCAAACAUGAUUACUUGAAUCUCAGCACUAGUGGCAGCUGUGAGGCGUUUGUUCCUCCAGGCCUGCAGAGGGCAGAACGGCUGAGUUCUGUGGCCAGCUCGACAGCCUCAACUCAACCCCUGCUGCAGGCAACAAAUGAUGUUUUUCUGGAGCAUCAGAGCAUAUAAAUGACAUCUUGUCCUUGUUUUGCCUCAUUUUCUCAAUAGGUUUGACCUAAAUGCCUUAUUCUACAUGUAAGUUCUAACUGUAAUUGUGGCAUUUAAGUGCACCCUCCUGCUCUCUAUUUGGCUCAGUGCAACUCCGUUGGCCUCGUCUUCCAUUAUAUUUCAAACUACUCAAGACAGCAUUUCCAGCCACGUAACUGUUAAUGUAUUUUUCUAACUGCAGCUGGGGCUCCGUUUUAAGGUAUUGAUCUACAUAGUAUUUUGAGUGCAUGAGCAGCUAAUGUGGCCAUGCAAGCAUUUAGAAAUAGAACCUAAUGUUACCUCAUCAGAUAAAUGACCUGCUCUCCCGAUGAAAUCAUUGUGUAGUGACCUGUGAUGAAUUUGUGUUGGUGAUUCACCCAAGGUGAUUCCCAUUUAAUGUCACUAUCUGAAGCACUUAAUAACAACAAAUAGAGGUUGUCGUUAAUGCAUUUGUACUAUUUUCAGCAUGUGAUUACUCUCAAGUGACUGUUAUAUUGCAUUAAUGUAUCUAUGAGAUCCCCAUCUCAGCUUCAAGCUGUACUUACUGGUAUUAAUGUCAUAUUUAUUAACAACCUAGGAUAAGUUUACAUUCUUUUGUUUUAUUGUCAAUUUUGCUUGAGUUUGGAAUUGAAAUUUUGAGCUGUUGAGAAUGUGUGUGUAUAUAUAAAGUUGUUUGUUGCUGUGUAAAA